AUGGCAUCGAAAUCAUCCACCCUCGAGGACGCAGAGCUUCAGCGCUCCCACACGCCAAGCAGUUCGUCUUGGCUUGCGUCUGCCUUUGGAGGCUCCAAGGUGACAAUUGGCCCACGCAUCGAACCCCUCGCCGAGCACUUGGCGACCAAUCUCUCCGAAGCCGACAGCAACACAGCCGCGGACCUCGUAGACAAGCAGGUCGCUUCCGAAGCGGGCAAUGCUAUUCAAUACAGGACCUGUUCUUGGCAAAAGACCGCGGGGUUACUCUUCAGCGAGUACAUUGUGCUCUCUAUUAUGAGUUUCCCAUGGUCGUACAGUCUUCUUGGCCUUGUACCUGGGCUGAUCCUGACUGCUGUCAUUGCUGGUCUAGUCCUAUACACAAGUCUUGUGCUUUGGGAAUUCUGUUUACGACACCCCGAGGUCAGAGAUGUGUGCGACAUUGGCCAGAUGAUUUGGUGGAACGGGCGAUGGGCCUGGUGGUGGACGGCUGUCAUGUUCGUCCUCAACAACACCUUCAUCCAAGCUCUCCAUGUCCUUGUGGGCGCAAUCUACCUCAACACCAUGACCGAAGCCGAUAAGAUUGCAGGCUGCAGAACCGUUGCAUUCGCUGUUGUAGUAACCGCCAUCAGUUGGAUCGGGUCCCUGCCGCGCACCUUUAGCAUGCUAUCAAAGCUUGGCUUUGCUUCGACAUUUUUUACUUUCAUCUCCGUCAUCUUGGCAACGGCAUUUGCAGGCGCCCAGGGUAAGCCCGCUGGGUACCCUGAGCAGGGCGAACCAAUUAUCUCCAUCUGGACGCCAAGCAGCACUACACUUGUUACGGGUAUGUCAGCGUUCAUGAACAUGAGCUACACGUUCAUCGGUCAAACAACGAUUCCUAGUUUCAUCGCCGAGAUGAGAGAUCCUAGAGACUUCCCUAAAGCACUAUGGGCUUGCACUUGUGCUGAAAUCAUCACAUUCAGCGUCGUCGGCUCGGUUAUUUACGCUUACACGGGAAACCAGUACAUGGUCGCACCAGCAUUUGGUGUCCUAACUGAUACCUACAAGAAGGUCUCGUACUCCUUCAUGGUACCUACUAUUAUUUUUGUCGGGUGUCUCUAUGCCAGUGUGACAGGUCGAUUUGUCUUCUUCCGAAUGUUCAGGGAUUCCGAACAUCUCACCUCACACACUAUCAAAGGUUGGUUCUGGUGGGGAGUCGUCUUGCUUAUCAGCUGGGCCGCAUCAUUCUUGAUCGCCGAGAUCAUUCCCUUCUUCUCUUCAUUGUUAUCUGUCAUGUCAUCGCUGUUCAACUGUUGGUUUGGAUUCAUCUUUUGGGCCUUGGCCUAUUUCCGCAUGCGCAACGCGGAUAUCAAGGUUGGGAGAAAGCGACAACCCAUUCUCGACUAUUUGUCCGUGGCAUUGAAUGUUGUCAUUAUGUUGACCGGCGCUCUAUACCUCACCUUGGGUACAUACGUCAGUGUACAGGGUAUCAUUGAUCAAUUCAAUGCUGGAACUGUGAACAGUGUGUUUUCAUGCAAGAGCAAUGGCCUAUAA